AUGACCUUUGCCAAUAACGCGGAGGUUGAAAUACCAUUGAAAGCAGAUCCAGAGAGCGUCUCGGUUGGUCUCGAGGAUGUCAAGCGGCUGGUCAACGGCCAUUCGAUGAACGGCAAAGUCAUCUUACCACCUUUUGAACCGGUCAUAUUUGUAGAGGCAAAGGAAACAAAUCUCAACGCGGAAUUAGACGGCAUCAAGUAUAAGCCCAUCAACGUUCCUGGCGAAGAAAUGUCGUUCCAUCCACCCCUGGUCGAAAAAUCAUUUCCAAAAGAAGGGAUCAAGGAGACAGUAAAGGCCCCACCGACCCCCAGCAAGACUGAGGAACCUGAGCCCAAGCCUCUGGACACCAUUGUACUCUCGCAAGAGUGGAAGAUCGAAAAAGUGCCUAUAUCUGCGCUGGACUGUGGUCUCCAUAAUCUUGGCAAUAGUUGCUUUAUGAACAGCACACUGCAAAUCCUCCUACACACUGCACCGUUGCUGAACGUACUGCUUUCACAUCGACACGAUUCUUGCAAGCUCGCCCUUGAUGGCUCGUAUUGCUUUACCUGCCAAUUGCGAAAACUAGCGUUAGACAUACUGUGUCGUAAGUCACGUCAAGCUCGGUCACCUGAAGAUAUAUUUCGGAAUCUAAAGAGAAUAUCGCCUACCCUGCGGCAAUACAGACAAGAAGACGCACACGAAUUCCUUCGCUUCAGUAUUGAUGCAUUGCAGUUGAGCGCCCAAAAUGGUGUCAAGUCUGUACCCGAAAAACUCGCUGCUACCUCUUGGGUCUACCGGCUAUUUGGAGGUCAAUUUCGCUCUCGUGUCACCUGUGGUUCCUGUGGACACAAUAGCGACACGUUUGAUACUUUGCUCGACUUGAGCGUGGACAUUGCCAAAUGUGAUACAUUGAAACAGGCCCUCAGGAUGUUCUCCGCGAUUGAGCGACUGGAGGGAAGCAACAAGUACAAAUGUGAAAAAUGCAAAAAACCGGUCAACGCAAAGAAGCAAAUCACUGUACAUAAAGCUCCGAUGGCACUUUGCAUCCAGCUCAAGCGGUUCAGCCCUUGGGGUCGCAAAAUCACCAAUAUGAUCGACUAUCCGGAAACUCUGUCCCUGAACGAGAUUCUAAGUGAUAAUCAGACAUCACCUAUGUAUCAGCUGUACGGCGUCAUCGUUCAUGCUGGAUCGGGUCCUAACUCUGGUCACUACUACACAUUUGUCAAGAACUAUGCGGGGAAGUGGCUACGGAUCAAUGAUGACGAAGUGGAUACUAUCCCCCGGGCACCUCUCGGAUCGAAGAAUGCGUACAUGCUCUUCUAUAUGCGCCGCCCAUUCAACAUCAACGAUGUGGUUGCUUCUACCUCGUCUCAGAAGUCGGCAGAGAAGCUGUCGAAUAGCGACAAUAGGAAGCGAAAGGCUGAGGAUAUGGAGGAAGACGAAGACGUUGGCGAGACGGUCUCUCGUCCGCCACUUUCGUCCCCGAUGAAUAGCAGUGCUGCAUCCACCCCUGGACCUUCAUCAGCGAAGAAGCCUCGCAACGAGACCUACGAAUCGUUCAAGAGCAAAUUGAUCCAACCCCAACGCCAUGUUAAACCCGUGAUCAAAACUACUCUCAAGCUCGUGCCCCCAAAGGCUCUACCCAAGAAGCCACUUGAUCUGCCGGGUGUAGACAAUAGCGACGGCACAGACGAGAGCAUAUCGUCACCUGAUGCUUCUCCUACCAGACAUGACCAGCCAUCAAAUUCUCCGCGUACUCCCACCGUGGAGCACAUACUCCCGCGAGCUCAUUCAGAAGAAGAGAAAGUAACAUCCAUAUUUCUUACACCCAAAAGCCGAAUAACGACUCCACCGUGGUCGAUCCCGGAUGCCUCACAAUCAAGUCCACGUCCUGAAUCAAUUCCUCCCUCCUCCGGCGCGUCAAAGGCUCAGACUGAGAAUGAAAGUGACGACGGCUCGUAUACAGCACCAACGUGGUCCCAAAAGUCCCAACAGACGAUCGAGGUGAGGGACGUGCGUCCUCACAACCCCAAAAAACAAUAUCAUAGCAAAAACAGACGUGAACGUGGCAGGAACCCCUUUGGUCAAAUUGGCAUGCCCAAGGGACGUCGACCUGGCGGUAUAUAG